AUGUCGAACGAAAUCAAAGAGGAAUACAUCCACCCCAACGACGGCAGAGUCACCGCCAUCCCCGCCGCACGACCCGACACUUCCCUCCCAGAACACGAACAAGAUCAGAACAUAGCAGGAUCCUUCCCGGCACGACCUGGAGCACAAGAUAUCCCACCACACGGCAUGUCAGCAACUGGUGGACUUCCCAGCAGCGGCCCUGCCGAUCAGGGCGCCGUUGCACCUCAGUCUGCUACGGGAACACAUGGUGUGACUGGCACGGGAUAUCCUCAUGUAGGGACUGCACAGAGUGGAAGCUCGGUUGGGAGAGGUCUCGCCGGCAGCGAGAGGAGUGUAGGACAGGAUACGGAGUUGUCGGAGAGCUUGCAGGAUGCGGCGCUUGAUGGGACAUAUGGUGCGAGACCGGGAGUGCAGAGCAGCACACCGGCUGGGCCGCGGAGUGGUGUUGAUGGACGAGGGCCCGCUGUGAGCAAUACGGCACAUGUCGGUGCUGUCUCUUCACCUUCACACACCGGUCCCUCAACAACCCUCUCCGAGCGUGAGCAAGAUGCCAACUUGGCUGGCUCGUUCGUCGCACGACCAGGAAACAAAGACGCCACACCUGCCGGCCUGUCGAGCACGACUCACACUGGCACCCCUGAAGUAAACAACUCAGCACUCCCCGGCUCAGUCAAAAGCAGCCUCGACUCAGUCGCCGACUCCGCAGCUCCAAAGUCCGUCGCUGGUCAACUGCCAACCACGGAGUCGAUCAAGGAGCAGCUGCCGACUACACAGCAAGCUACAGAGACUGCCCAACAAGCCGCCGAGUCGGUGGCCCGUGGUGCAAGCUCGCUGCUAUCGGGUCUAGGCAGCCUUGUCCUGGGCGCCGGCAAUGCUACAGCUCAGACUGCUGCUCAACCACACCCUGAGAGCGAGAAGGCGAGUGAUGUUGAUGAUCUUCAUAUCCCUGGUGCUUUUGAGUCUGAGACUUCGGAUCGCGAGGAUGUCAAUGCUGUUAAGCAAGCACUUCCGAGCACGGAGCAGAUCUCACGCAAUUUGCCGGAUGCUAAUACUGCUAGAGCGAAGGUCACUGGGUCGGAGAGGCCCAUUGUGGAUCAAGCUUCGGAUGCUGCCCGUCCUGCUCAGGAUACUGUCUCGAGACAGAUCCCGAGUGCCAACACUGCCAGAGCGAAUGUCACUGGCUCUGAGCGAACUAUCGUCGAUCAAGCUUCGGAUACAGCUCGCUCUGCACAGAACCAGGUCCCUGAUGCCAACACCGCAAGAGCUAACGUCACAGGCUCAGAGCGUCCCCUCGUCGACCAGGCCUCGGACGCAGCCCGUGCCGCUCAAGAGCAGGCUCAGCAAGGCUUGAACUACGCAAAGGAGCAAGUUUUCGGCCAGACUUCCGCCAACAAAGUCACACCUUCCAGCACAGGAAGAGGACUCAACGCACCAGCAAGCUCACAGGCUCAAGCACCAUCGCACACAACUUCCAGCGGUGUCAGCUCAGGUCUCCCAUCAGGUCCUUCCACCCUGGGCCAGACUCAGCCUACCGUGACUACCGGUAUUGCUUCAGCAGAGGCUCCCAAGGUCUCCGUGAAGGAUGGUCCGGCUGCUAGAGAAGUGCCAGACUUGGUUGCAGAGAGUCACAGGAAAGCAGGCGAGACAGCCCCUCUCGACUUGCCGGCAUACAACGCAGGCGAGGAGCAGCACAAGAGCGAAGCUCUCGAGCAGUCUGCCACUGGCGCUACCAGCUCUUCAUCUCCUUCGAACAACGGCGCUGGAAUAACUGGUACCAUUGCAGGCGGUCUUGCCGCUGCUGGUACCGCCGUCGCGGGCGCUGCGGAGUAUGCCCGUCAACAAACCCACCAGGCCACCGGCACAGACCCCGCCACGAUCUUGCCAGAGUCAGCCCAAAAGGCCAUCGACCCACAAACUGCUGCCAACACCUCUGAUGCCUCGCUGCAGCGCGGUGAGGCCCCGGGGGUGGUCCAAGAAAGUCAGAACGCUGCCGGUGUGGCACCAGAAGCUAGCGCCAACCCGUUCGCUGUCCAAGAGAAGAACGAUGUCGAGGCGGAGUUGAAGAGAGCAGUGGAGCCUGCGCAGGCUAGCAGUGAGAACAAUAUCGUUACUAGGACUCUGGCUAGUGCUGGUGCGGCUGCAGCUGAGGCGGCGAGGUCAGCUCAGGAGCAGAUUUCACGGUCGAUUCCUGAUGCGAACACUGCGAGGGUUAAUGUUACGGGGUCGGAGAGACCGGUCACUGAGCAGGUCUCUCGACAGAUUCCGGAUGCCAACACUGCGAGAGCGAAUGUCACAGGCCCAGAGCGACCCUUCGCCGAGCAGGCUCAAGAUGCUGCUGCACGUGCUCGCGAGACUGUCCAGCAAGUCGCCAGCAACCCAGCUUCCAUCCUCCCAGUCUCAGCUCAACAGGCCCUCGGUCAGAACACAAGCACCGGCCAGGACUACCCCUCGAUCCCAAGCAACCACAAGACCGAUAGCCACCUUACCCCUUCCUCCGGCCCUGAGCCGGGCACCGGCGUCGCUCCCCUCGCCAGCAACUCCGACUCCCGCCCAACUCACGCCGGCACAGCACCAGGCAUCCCCCGCACCACAGUCGAGAGCUCAGCCGCCCCAGACGUAAGCUACGAGCACCGCCCCAAGACCCUUCCCCACAGCGAGAUCGCCGCGCGCGAGCAAGAGCGAGGCCUCGGUGAAGGAACCACUACCACUACAUCCCACGAACCUAUCGCGUUCCAGCCAGUCUCGGGCGCUAUUCAUGGUGGCCUCGCGAACGUGAAUCUUCACGCGGGUGUGCAUAAUGGCGUUGUUGGUGUGGGGUCGGCGCAUCCUUUGGGAAGUUCACAGCAAGGUCAUGGGCUUGGGGCUGCGGGGGUGUUGAGUCAGGCUACGAGCGCGGAGCCGAAGGAGGAUGUGGUUGUGGGGCAUAUUGGUGAUGAUUUGGAGCACGUUGAUUUGAGUCAGGGAGUCAGGAACGGGGUUAUCGGCAGGGGAUCACAGAAUGAGAGGACGCAUUAG